CGACAGGGCUGUGUGUGAGUGUGCGCGAGAGACCGAGAGACAGGGAGAGAAUCUAGCAGCAGAUGCUUGCUUGGAAACUGAGCUGAAUGACUUGUUUAAGAUCUGACCUCAUCCUUUCCCCCAGAAUGGAUUCACCCCACCGCUACAGUGAGUGAGAUUCUUCCUCGAGUGGCAGAACUGUGGAAAGACCUGCAAAGACAGGACGAAAAGGAGAGAAGCAAAGUCAGACCUUAGGAAGACAUGCUUUUCUAUCUGAGGGGAUGGAGACCAGCGACUGAGCAACUCAGAAGAUAAACAGGAUCCUAUUUCCUUUUCUUAGAAUAACACACACUUUUUUUUUUUGCUUGCUUCCUUGCUUGAUUUCUGGACUGCCUUUCCUUUUAUAUAUAUAUAUAUGUAUAUAUAUAUAUAUAUAUAUAAAACCUUCGGCUUGCCAAGAUGUCAGUCUCCGGAAAAAAGGAAUUUGAUGUGAAACAGAUCUUGAGGCUCCGCUGGAGAUGGUUUAGCCAUCCGUCUCAGAAUGCCACCAGCCCCGGAGUCUGGCUGCAACAGGAAGGAUAUGAACACCGAGGGACCUCAGUUCAAAACAGGCUGAAGAAUCACUCCUGGGACAGGAGUCGGCUGAAAAAGAACAGCAGCCCUCUUCAUCCUAACCUCCUGGCGCCAGGACCCAGCCUGACCCCUUUACCCCAGCAACCGGCUUCUACCUGCCCCCAAGAGAGCCUUCCCACACCUCUGCAGGUAACUGAGGAGACGCCAAAAACAACGGGAAGCCCAGAUCUGGCCGAGAAAGGAGAGGGCCACAGAAGCAGCCAGGAGUUACAGAUGAUUACCGAAGAGGACAGCAAUGAGUCGGCCAAAAGGCUAUCGGUGAGCAGUUCCUCUUCCUCCUCCUCCUCUAUGGGGGUGAACAGUAAUGGAGCCGACACCUAUUUUCAUUCCACAAACCAUGCCGAGCAAACGUUCCGCAAGAUGGAGAACUACCUGCAGCAGAAGCAGCUCUGUGACGUUCUUCUGAUUGCUGGAGAGCACAGGAUCCCUGCUCACAGGCUGGUUCUGAGUGCCGUGUCUGACUAUUUUGCGGCAAUGUUCACCAAUGAUGUCCGCGAAGCAAAACAAGAGGAAGUCAAAAUGGAAGGUGUAGAUCCUGACGCACUGAAGGAUCUUGUGCUCUAUGCCUACACGGGCAUGCUGGAGCUAAAAGAAGACACCAUUGAGAGCUUGUUGGCUGCAGCUUGUCUUCUCCAACUGUCACAAGUGAUUGAGGUCUGCUGCAAUUUUCUCAUGAAGCAACUUCAUCCUUCAAACUGCUUGGGAAUCCGGUCCUUUGGAGAUGCUCAAGGGUGCUCACAACUCUUGCAAGUGGCCCAUGUCUACACUAUGGAACACUUCACCGAAGUCGUAAAGAACCAGGAGUUCCUCCUACUUCCUGCUGCUGAAAUUGCUAAGCUCCUUUCCAGUGAUGAUAUUAAUGUCCCAGAUGAAGAAUCAAUCUUCAAGGCAUUAAUGAUAUGGGUUCGGCACGAUUUAGACAAUCGGCAACAAGAUCUUGGAAUGCUUCUGUCUUACAUAAGGUUGCCCCUUCUUUCUCCAGAGCUUUUAGCUGAUCUGGAAAACAGCCCCAUGUUUACGACGGAUCUUCAGUGCCAGAAACUCUUAAUGGAAGCAAUGAAAUACCACCUGUUACCAGAAAGGAGAUCCAUGAUGCAAAGUCCUCGGACAAAGCCCAGGAAGUCCACCGUUGGUUCUCUCUAUGCUGUGGGAGGCAUGGAUGCCACCAAAGGCACCACCACCAUCGAGAAAUAUGACUUGAGAACCAACAGCUGGAUACAGAUUGGAACGAUGAGUGGAAGGCGGCUGCAAUUUGGUGUGGCUGUGAUUGACAACAAGCUCUACAUUGUGGGAGGAAGAGAUGGCUUGAGGACAUCAAAUACCGUUGAAUGUUUCAACCCAACAACUAAAGUCUGGACUGUGAUGCCCCCCAUGUCAACCCAUAGGCAUGGCUUAGGGGUAGCAAUGCUUGAAGGACCCAUGUAUGCUGUUGGGGGCCAUGAUGGAUGGAGCUAUCUAAACACAGUUGAACGAUGGGACCCCCAGGCUCGGCAGUGGAAUUACGUGGCAAGCAUGUCAACUCCAAGGAGUACUGUGGGAGUUGCAGCUUUGAAUAGCAAGUUGUAUGCAGUUGGAGGGCGUGAUGGAAGCUCCUGCUUGAAAUCCAUGGAGUGUUUUGAUCCCCACACGAACAAAUGGAGCAUCUGUAAUCCAAUGUCCAAAAGACGUGGAGGAGUUGGCGUAGCAACCUACAAUGGGUUUCUCUAUGCUGUGGGAGGCCAUGAUGCCCCUGCUUCGAAUCACUGUUCUCGGCUUUCUGAUUGUGUAGAAAGGUAUGAUCCCAAAACUGAUACUUGGACCACUGUAGCACCUUUGAGUGUUCCUCGCGACGCUGUUGGGAUUUGUACCCUCGGAGAUAGAUUGUAUGCCGUCGGUGGCUACGACGGGCACACCUAUUUGAACACAGUAGAAUCUUAUGACACACAAAACAAUGAAUGGACAGAGGAAGUGCCAGUCAACGUCGGAAGAGCCGGUGCCUGUGUCGUAGUUGUGAAACUUCCAUGAUGAUCGUCUUUAGGUGUCACGGUGACAUUCAUAUUAUUUAUUUUCGAUCCUUUGGACAUCGAUGAGAACCUGGAACACAUGUGCAAAUGCAAACCUACACCUAAUGAUAGUUUGUAACUCAAGAUAUAGGCACAAAUAUAUACAGUAUGUUCAAGAGGGACAAAAUCAUAAUUGCAAAAAUAAUAACAGAGCUUUGCAAGCAGCCUACAUGCAUAAACGCAUACUUUGGGAGAUAUGUACCUGAAAAAUAUAUCAUGCAAAUUCCCUUUGGAUAAAUAUCUAUUAAGUGAGGAAAUGGGUCCGCUCGCUAUUAUUAGAAUAAAAAAAAUGAGGAGAAAUUAAAAAAAAAAUUGCAUUAGCCAGACAUAUUUGGAAUGAUCUCACUGAAGAAUUUCGCAAUUAGUGCAAAUAUUUGCACCUUAAAAACCUUGCAGGGGAAACAUCCUUGUUUUCCUUCUAAAAAUAACAAAGUCUUUCAGGAAAUUAUGCAAUUUGCAGCGGUGUCCAUUUGUUGUGAAAUGCUAGCUUACAAUAUGAAGACACUUUAUAUCUUGGAUGGUAUUGUAAAUGUGGUUCCUUGAGCGGCGUGGUGGCCUAGUAGAGAAGAUCUUCGCCUCCCAUUCGGAAGGUUGAGAGUUUGAUCCUAGGUAGUGGCAAAUGUUUCUUUCCUAGGGCGACAAGAAAAAAAUAUUUGCUGUGAACUUCACAUAGACAUCAGGAAGGGCAUCUGGCCAGUAAAUGCUCAGCUCCACCCAGCCGACCCACCUGAAUUAAAGAGCUAGGGUCAUAAAAAGAAAAAGAAAUGUAAAUGUGGUUGUUUAGAACCAAUGAUUAGGCCAUUUCUGAAAAACAAAGGAAAAAAGAGAGAUUUCUAGGGCAGAAUCAGAGCACAAGCAGCAUUGAUGUUCCAAUUUUCACGUUGCCUUGGCUGGACCAAUCCAUUUAUCAAAUCCAUUUUAAGCCAUUUAUCUUCCUCUGGAAUAAUCACUGCAGGUUAAGGCUCUGUUGCUGACAAGGCAUUAAUAUGAUCACUUUGAUGGAAUGAAAUUUAUACACAAACACACAAGAUCAUAUUGAUAUGACUGUGACCUCAGCUAUGGAUUGCCAAUCGAAAGACACGGUCAGGGAAAUAAACUAGAAGAGAACUAAGAGUUCAGUUUAUUGUCUUUAUCUUCUAAUGGGAAAAGUGCUAGCAGUGGAUGGAAACUCAGCAAGGAGAGAAGCCACCCAAAACUAAGGAGAAAUUUCCUGACCGUUAGAACAAUAAACCAGUGGAAUGACUGGCCUCCAGAAGUUGUGGGUGCUC